AUAUAGAUCAGGGAUGUUGCGAACAUUCGCAUCUGCAUCCGCAAAUGCGGAACAUCCGCAUUGUUUUGGACAUCUGCAUCUGCUUCCGCAUCCGCAUUAAUCAAUGCGAAUGUUCAUGCGGAUGCGAAUAUUAUACAAGUAGCGACAAGAAAGAAAUUGGGCGGGGCCGGUGAUUGACGCGUGCCGGUCGCACGUGACAAUAACCAAUGGGAGCGAAGAAAUUAGUGACAAGAUUCGACACGUUUGUUUGUUUUCGCUAGUGCAUCAUUUGUUUGUUCCUUUCCUUGCAAGUGGAAGUGAAUAAAUACGUGUUUGUUUGCGUUGUGAAGUGAAAGUGAACUACUUAUCGUAUCAUAAAGAUAAAUAGGUAUUUUUAAUGUUAUUGUGAUACAGUGUGUAAAUAAGAAGAGUUUACAAGAAAACUUUAUAUUAUUUAAGACUAAUAUCCAUAAGAUCACAGGGUAACUUCUAUUAUAUUACGCCGGUAAUACGUUUUAUUGUAGGAAAAAAUAUCGUUUUAUGACGAAAUUCGUUAUUUUUCCAGUGUGAUUCCCGUUAUUGAUAGUUUAUCUAUCUAACUAUUUAGUCAACAAUGUCACCACCGACCAAAAGUAAUGUAUGGGAUUAUUUUGAACCAAAUAAAGAAGACCAGGAUAAAGCUGAUUGUAAAAUAUGCAAAAAAAGCUACUCUCGCAAGGGCCGCACCACGUCGUCUUUAAAAAACCAUCUUAAGUCGAUGCACUCAGAAGAAUUUUCUACAUUUGAGAACAUUAGUAAAGAAAAAAAAUUACAACAGAUGAAAUCUGACGCAAAUAAAGUUACCACUCCUCUGCAAGAAUCAAAGAAACAACUUUCAUUAGAGGAAAUGGUUCUAAAAGAAAAGAAGUGGGACGUCAAUAACUUGAAUUCUAAAAAAAUUGAUAAACUCAUUGGAGAAAUGAUUGCACUUCAAAAUUUGCCGUUUAAUUUUGUUGAAGGGCUAGGUUUUCGUAGACUGAUGCAAGAAUUAGCACCAAGAUAUAACUUUAGGGGACGCAAUUUUUUUACAGAUUUUGUAUGCAAGGAAUUAUAUAGCAAAGUGGCUCAAAAAGUUAAAGGAUUAAUCGAAAAUUUUGAUAACAUGUCGUUUACGUCUGACAUUUGGUCGGAUCCUAGCUCAAACGCUUCUUUGCUUAGCCUGACUUGCCAUGGAAUUGCAGAAAACUUUGAUAGAUCAUCGAUAAUAUUGAAAUGUGAGACAUUUGACGGCCGUCACACUGGUGACAUAGUUGCUGAAAAAUUCAGUAACAUGCUUUCUGAAUGGAACAUUAAAAAACAACAACUGCAUUGCCUAAUCAGAGAUGAAGGGUCUAAUAUGAAACGAGCCGCGCGAUUAGCAGCAUUAAAUGAUAUAGACUGUACUGUUCACAAGAUACAACUGGCUAUCCGUAGUUGUUUAGGUUCUCAAGAAAACAUAAAAAUACUAAAACAAAAAUGUAAGAGAAUUACGACCCAUUUCAAUCACUCUACCAUUGCCCAGAAACAACUGCAAUCAAUUCAGGACAGACUGAAUCAACCGCACCUGAAAGUGUUUCAAGAUUGUGUAACACGAUGGAACAGUACAUUCUACAUGUUCGAGCGUUUUUCAAAGAUAAAGGAUGCUCUGAGCCUUUACAUGAAUGAUAAUGAAAUUGACCCUAUUCUACCAGAAGAAUGGAAAAUGAUUGAAAGUUUCAUUCAAUUACUGGGACCUUUUGAGGAAGCAACACGGGAACUGAGCAGCUCUUCUGCUCUUAUUUCAUCUGUGAUACCGAUAAUACAAAUGCUUGAAAAAAAAGUUGAUGACUAUUUAUAUUUAACAAGAUCGCAAGAGUUUGAUCCGAUUCGUCAGGCUGUAACGACUUUGAAAAACGAACUUUCUACAAAGUUUUCUAGCUUGGGAGAAAACAAUUUAUAUACCAUCGCUACCUACUUAGAUCCUCGCUAUAAGCACAAAUUUUUCACACCGGUGACUGAAGAAAAGAUUAAAGAUGACAUUUUAAAAAUGAUAAAUAUUGAGAAUGACAAUUUUGAAUCAGUUAAUACCAAUGCCAAAAGGGCUAAAAUAACUGAUUGCAUGGAAAAUGAAACAGAACAACUAGGACCAGGGACUUCAGGUUUCAACAAAAAGCCAUGCUUAAAAAACGACCUGGCUAUGAUGUUAGAUUCGUCGAGUGAAGACGAAAGUCAAGAUGAGCCAGAAAAUAGUAGCGUUGAAGCUGUAUUAAAAAAAGAGUUACUUGCUUACCGUACUAAAAAAAGAAUAAAUGUGAGUGAAAAUCCUUUAAACUGGUGGAGUGUACAUCGAGGGGAAUUCAAGGUAUUAUCGCCGAUAGUACGAAGAUUUUUAUCUGCUCCACCGGGCAGUGUUCCUAGCGAACAACUAUUUAGUAGCGCGGGAUUAAUUUACGAACCUCUGCGUAACAGACUAGAACCAGAAAAGGCGGCAAUACUACUCUUCAUCAAGUAUAAUGCUCCUAUUUUUAAAUUCAACUACUGAUAUAAAAAACAGAAGGUGUUCAGUUACAUUAUACAUGACUUAUAUUUUUAACAUAAAAAUAAGUACUUAAUUAUGUUUGAUUACAAUAAAAAUGUUAAUAAUUA